AUAUUGCAGUAGUUGAAAUAAUUCGCUCAUACUGCUACUGGUCUUGAACUCUGGUGGAGUUCAUCAUUCAUAUUUCAUGGCGUUUCGAUCUCUGCAAUUUCUCAUUCGCUUCGCCAAAGCGAAGCACUGUGUUGCUUCCAUUCUCGGUUUCAUCCCCUCAUCUCCGUUCUCAUCUCUCCACGCUCCUCAAAAUUCUUUGGACCACGAAGAACUUUUCCCUAAUCAACCAAUCACCCGUUCCAAUCUCAACGAACGCCUCGUUCUCGAGCAAAUCUCGGAGCUUUUACCGAUAGCCAGGUGCAAAUUGGAGAAACCCAUGUCGAAAAACUGCGAAUCAAAAUCAGAAUCAGUAGCAGAAGCGAAAUCCGCUGAUGGUUUUUUGUCUCCUGAAGAGAAACUGCGUGGAGUUUUUCUUCAGAAGCUAAAGGGCAAGGCUGCAAUUGAACAAGCUCUAUCUAAUGUUGGUGUUGAUGUGAAUGUUGAUGUUCUUGGUAAGGUACUGAACUCAGGGAAUCUUGGUGGUGAAGCCAUGGUUACAUUUUUUAAGUGGGCAAUUAAACAGCCAAUGGUGCCUAAUGAUAUUGGUAGCUACCAUGUGAUUGUUAAGGCACUAGGUAGAAGGAAGUUUUUUAUGUUUAUGAUGGAAGUGUUGAAUGACAUGAGGAUGGAUGGCAUAGAAGCUGAUUUGUUUAUGUUAUCUAUUGUUAUUGAUAGUUUUGUUAGGGCUGGUCAUGUGUCUAAAGCAAUUCAGGUGUUUGGGAACUUGGUUGAUCUCGGGUUGAAUCGCGAUACAGAGGCUUUGAAUGUGCUUUUGUCAUGCCUUUGUCAACGGUCUCAUGUAGGUGCUGCAAGUUCUGUUUUUAAUUCAAUGAAAGGCAAGAUACCUUUUAAUGUUACUACAUACAAUGUUGUUACUGGUGGUUGGUCUAAAUUUGGAAGAGUGAAUGAGAUUGAGAGGAUUAUGGAGGAAAUGGAAGCUGAUGGCUUUCGUCCUGAUUGCAGGACGUUUAGUUUCCUUCUUGAGGGUUUGGGCAGAGCAGGUAGAUUGGAAGAGGCUGUUGAGGUUUUCUGUAAUAUGAAGGAGAAAAAUUGCCAGCCAGAUACUGCUGCCUAUAAUGCAAUGAUUUUCAAUUUCGUAUCGGUUGGAGAUUUUGAUGAGUGUAUGAAGUGUUAUAAUGGGAUGUUGAGUGAUAAUUGUGAACCUAAUCUUGAUACAUAUACUAGAAUAAUUACUGCAUUUCUCAGAGUCCGCAAAGUGGCAGAUGCGCUUCUUAUGUUUGAUGAGAUGUUAAGGCAAGGAGUUGUGCCUUCUACUGGGACUAUAACCUCCUUCAUCAAGCAUUUAUGUAGCUAUGGUCCACCAUAUGCUGCUUUGAUGAUUUACAAGAAGACAAGAAAACUAGGGUGUUCGAUAUCAAUGGAUGCUUAUAAGAUACUGAUUAUGCGUCUUUCUAAGUUUGGAAAAUGUGGAACAUUGUUAAGAGUCUGGCAGGACAUGCAAGAAUGUGGGUAUAGUUCUGAUGUUGAAGUUUAUGAGUACAUCAUCUGUGGUCUUUCUAACAUAGGACAACUUGAAAAUGCUGUUCUUGUUAUGGAGGAGUCUUUGCACAAAGGUUUCUGCCCAAGCAGGCUUGUAUAUAGUAAACUAAGUAACAGGCUGCUUGCUUCAAAUGAAACAGAUAGGGCUUACAAGCUGUUUUUGAAGAUUAAACAUGCCCGUUCCCUUGAAAAUGCAAGAAAUUAUUGGCGUGCUAAUGGUUGGCACUUUUGAAUGGGCAUGCUAACCGGCUGCUCUUGCAGUAGAGCCUACUGUUUGCUUUUAACAUAGCUGGUCUCGAGCUACUUCCUUGAAAACAUGACUGAUCUAUAUCAGGAUCCUUCUUAGGAAGUGGAAGCAACACGAGCUUAUUGUAAAGGACUCUCCCUUCUCAGAAGUCAUAUAAUUUCUUUACCCUGACAAAAUGGAAUUGAAAGUUGAAGAAAAAUAUUGGCGUAAAACAGCAUCUCACAUCUCUUCCUGUUCAUGGUGGGAAAAGCACAAAUCCAGGCUAUGUCUCGGAGUCUAACUGCCAACUUUCCCAGUCAUGUUAAUGUUAAUUCUAUUUCUUCGAUGUCUUUUUCAGUUAUCACACGCCUGGGGAAUUUACCUCAAAUAUGGACCCUUGAGUAACUGAAUUAUCUUAAAGUCCAUUUUUGGUGUACGACAACCACUAUAAUUUUGGUAAAUGAGUGUUCUGCAGAUGGUUUGUUAU